AUGCUGGGGGGUCCGGAGCGGGGCGCGGGGCGCCUGCGGAUCUGCGAGCGGACCAAGCUGGUGCUGGUGGAGAUCGACACGGUGGCGUGUUGCAGCUCAGGCGCCGGGAUGGCUGCGGGGUGCCGGCCGGAGCCCCCCUGGACCUACCGCCGCAUCGCCGGGGAGUACGCGUACCUGGAGAAGCGCUUCGUGGCCGAGCUGGCCCCCCCCUGGCCCCCCGCGCCCCCCAAUCCCUCCCGACGCCUGCAGGACUUCGCCCCCCGGCCCCGGGUGCCCCCCGCCCCCUGCCCCCCGCGACAGCCCGAGGGGACGGGGGGCGGCGGAUCCCGGGGGGGGAACCCGCCGCCCACGCCCCGGCCCCCGGUGCCGGCGGGCAGGUUGUGCCCCCCCACCUACGAGGUGCACAUGCAGCGGGUGCAGGCGGCCCACGCCCGCCGGGGGGGGCCUCCCCCCUACAUCUCCCCCCCCGCCUACGACGCUCCCCACCGCACCCUGCAGCUCCGGCCCCCCCGGGGACCCCGCAGCCCCCCCUCGGCACCCCGGGCCCGGGGGGCUCUGCCGGGGGGCUGGAGCCACACGUUGCCCCGGGCGGCCACCGAGGCCAAGCACCGGCGGCCCCGUGGGAUGCAGCCGCCCCCGGGGGGGCCCGGCACCCCCCGGCACUGCCAGACGCUGCCGCGGGCGGCGGGCGGCCGGGAGCGGGUGCCGGGGCGCGGGAGGGGGCGGCGGGGCUCGGGGGGGCACGUCCUCAUCGACGCCACCCGCGUGGUGGUCUGGGCGCAGUACGUGCCCCCCCCGCAGCGCCAGCAG